CGGGCUCCACUGAGAUCCACUCUUUCGGUGCUCGACUCGCCCGUGCUGCUGCGGCCGCCGAAGGAGGGGCAAAGCUCAAGAUGGCGGACAAAACGCCAGGCGGAUCUCAGAAGGCCAGUUCGAAGACCAGAUCAUCAGAUGUUCAUUCAUCUGGAUCUUCAGAUGCACAUAUGGAUGCAUCUGGACCCUCAGAUAGUGACAUGCCAAGUCGGACGCGACCUAAGAGCCCAAGAAAACAUAAUUAUAGAAAUGAGAGUACCCGUGAAAGCCUUUGUGAUUCUCCUCAUCAAAAUCUCUCAAGACCUCUUCUAGAAAACAAACUUAAAGCCUUCAGUAUUGGAAAAAUGAGUACGGCUAAGCGAACUUUAAGUAAGAAAGAGCAAGAAGAAUUAAAGAAAAAGGAAGAUGAAAAGGCAGCUGCCGAGAUAUAUGAGGAAUUUCUUGCCGCUUUUGAGGGGAGUGAUGGUAAUAAAGUGAAGACAUUUGUGCGUGGAGGUGUUGUUAAUGCAGCUAAAGAAGAACAUGAAACAGAUGAAAAAAGAGGUAAAAUUUAUAAGCCCUCUUCAAGAUUUGCAGAUCAAAAAAAUCCUCCAAAUCAGUCAUCCAAUGAAAGACCACCAUCUCUUCUUGUGAUAGAAACCAAAAAACCUCCACUGAAGAAAGGGGAGAAGGAAAAGAAAAAAAGCAAUUUGGAACUCUUCAAAGAAGAAUUGAAACAAAUUCAGGAAGAGCGUGAUGAGAGACAUAAAACAAAAGGCAGGUUAAGCCGAUUUGAGCCACCUCAGUCAGAUUCUGAUGGCCAGCGUCGUUCUAUGGAUGCGCCUUCAAGAAGAAAUAGAUCAUCUGGUGUUCUUGAUGAUUAUGCACCUGGCUCACAUGAUGUAGGAGAUCCAAGCACUACUAAUUUAUAUCUUGGAAACAUUAAUCCACAGAUGAAUGAAGAAAUGCUUUGUCAAGAAUUUGGAAGAUUCGGACCAUUAGCCAGUGUGAAAAUUAUGUGGCCUAGAACUGAUGAAGAAAGAGCAAGAGAGAGAAAUUGUGGCUUUGUGGCUUUUAUGAAUAGAAGAGAUGCUGAAAGAGCUUUAAAAAAUUUAAAUGGAAAGAUGAUUAUGUCAUUUGAAAUGAAGUUAGGUUGGGGUAAAGCUGUGCCUAUUCCUCCACAUCCAAUAUACAUUCCGCCUUCUAUGAUGGAACAUACGCUUCCCCCACCUCCAUCAGGACUGCCUUUUAAUGCGCAGCCUAGAGAGAGGUUAAAAAACCCCAAUGCUCCAAUGUUACCGCCACCUAAAAACAAGGAGGAUUUUGAGAAGACUCUGUCGCAAGCCAUAGUCAAAGUGGUUAUCCCAACAGAAAGGAAUUUGCUCGCCCUGAUACACCGAAUGAUAGAGUUUGUUGUACGUGAAGGGCCAAUGUUUGAAGCUAUGAUUAUGAACAGAGAAAUCAACAAUCCUAUGUUCAGGUUCUUAUUUGAAAACCAGACACCAGCCCAUGUUUACUAUAGGUGGAAGCUUUAUUCUAUUCUGCAGGGAGAUUCUCCGACUAAGUGGCGGACAGAGGAUUUUCGUAUGUUCAAAAAUGGAUCUUUUUGGAGGCCACCACCAUUAAAUCCAUACCUGCAUGGGAUGUCAGAAGAGCAAGAAACAGAAGCUUUUGUAGAGGAGCCAAGUAAAAAGGGAGCACUUAAGGAAGAACAGAGGGACAAAUUAGAAGAAAUCCUGCGGGGGUUAACUCCAAGGAAAAAUGAUAUUGGAGAUGCAAUGGUUUUCUGUCUUAAUAAUGCUGAAGCUGCCGAAGAAAUAGUGGAUUGCAUUACUGAGUCAUUGUCCAUCUUAAAGACACCCCUCCCCAAAAAGAUUGCCAGAUUAUAUUUGGUUUCUGAUGUUUUGUAUAAUUCUUCAGCCAAAGUUGCCAAUGCUUCAUAUUAUAGAAAAUUUUUUGAAACAAAGUUAUGUCAGAUAUUUUCAGACCUCAAUGCUACCUAUCGUACAAUUCAAGGCCAUUUACAGUCUGAAAACUUUAAGCAACGGGUAAUGACCUGCUUCAGAGCAUGGGAGGAUUGGGCAAUUUAUCCAGAACCAUUUUUGAUCAAACUACAAAAUAUUUUCUUAGGACUUGUAAAUAUUAUUGAAGAAAAGGAAACAGAGGAUGUACCAGAUGACCUUGAUGGUGCCCCCAUUGAGGAAGAGCUUGAUGGUGCACCUCUAGAAGAUGUGGAUGGAAUUCCUAUUGAUGCUACUCCCAUUGAUGAUCUUGAUGGGGUCCCUAUAAAGAGCCUUGAUGAUGAUCUUGAUGGAGUGCCUUUGGAUGCAACUGAGGACUCAAAGAAGAAUGAGCCCAUAUUUAAAGUUGCCCCAUCAAAAUGGGAAGCUGUAGAUGAAUCUGAAUUGGAAGCACAGGCUGUAACAACUUCUAAAUGGGAGUUAUUUGACCAGCAUGAAGAAUCAGAAGAAGAAGAAAAUCAAAAUCAAGAAGAAGAAAGUGAAGAUGAAGAAGAUACUCAAAGUUCCAAAUCAGAAGAACAUCAUUUGUACUCUAAUCCAAUCAAAGAAGAAAUGACUGAGUCCAAGUUCUCUAAGUACUCUGAAAUGAGUGAGGAAAAACGAGCUAAACUUCGUGAAAUUGAACUCAAAGUUAUGAAGUUUCAGGAUGAAUUGGAAUCUGGAAAAAGACCUAAAAAACCAGGCCAAAGCUUUCAGGAGCAAGUAGAACAUUACAGAGAUAAACUUCUUCAACGAGAGAAAGAGAAAGAAUUAGAAAGAGAACGAGAAAGAGAUAAAAAGGAUAAAGAAAAAUUGGAAUCUCGAUCCAAAGACAAGAAGGAAAAAGAUGAAUGUACUCCAACAAGGAAAGAAAGGAAGAGGCGACACAGCACAUCCCCUAGCCCAUCUCGCAGUAGCAGUGGUAGACGAGUGAAAUCCCCUUCACCCAAAUCGGAGCGAUCAGAGCGUUCAGAAAGAUCUCAUAAAGAGAGCUCACGAUCCAGGUCAUCUCACAAAGAUUCUCCUAGAGAUGUUAGCAAAAAGGCCAAAAGAUCACCAUCUGGUUCGAGGACACCUAAAAGGUCUAGGCGAUCACGGUCUAGAUCCCCUAAAAAGUCAGGGAAGAAAUCCAGAUCCCAGUCCCGAUCUCCACACAGGUCUCAUAAAAAGUCAAAGAAAAACAAACACUGACAUAAAUUUUUAAGAUGCUGUCACUUAUUGGAAAUGCAAUUUUGUUUUGUGCCUGAAUGGUCUGUUUUUUUUAAAAAAAAAAAAUAACAAAAAAUCAAAUGAAAGAGCAUUCCUGGAUUUUUUGUUUAUUUGUUUGUGAAUGCAUGUGUAAACUCAUGAGUAACUGCAUCUGUAGACCUGUCCUUGUUUUAUAUUGUAUAAAUUACUUUCGUUGUGGCUGUUUCUGAAGAUGAAAUUUUUAUUGUGCUAAUGAAUUUCAUCAGAAAUGUGUAUAAUGGAUCUGCUGGCAGUAGUAGUAUUUUGUUUUAGGAUGUUGUGACUUAGCAAAAAUAAUACAGAUGUCUUCCCCCCUUUUGUAGCUUUGACAAUUUGAAUUAGAUUUCAAAUAAAAUCUGAACAGAAAACUAUAAUGUUGUUUUUUUGCCCUAUUGGUGACAUCAAGUCCCUUAAAGUCCUACUAAGUGAGUUUAGCACUUCUGUUGUGUUUCUUAUACUUAAAGCACUUUAUAAGCUCCAUUGUUCAAGUAGCUAAAGUUUUAUAUUUACUAAGAUGACUAUCAAAAUUAAGGGACCUGAGAUUCCUAUUUGGUAGGUUUGCCAACCAACUUCUUCGGUAAGGCUAUCUUGGGUAAUACUAGUACCCAGAGAUCAAAAAACUAAGGAAAGGUGGCAUGGUCUUUUUGUUAAUGGAAUGCCUGGCUGGAAUAUAUUUUCUUUUAUCAAAGAAGCAAUAUGAUUUCAGUGUACUCAGUCUAUGUCCUGAGCAACUAUUUAUUUUAGGAAAAAUUAACUCUCCAUCUUUUGGUUUCAUCUUCUAUCAUGAAAGAAGUUUAUUUAUAAAAUAAAUUUUCUAACAAGAGUUGGCCAUAGAAGUUUUUUGUAUGAUAAUUGCCCUUUUAUAGCCCUGUGUAGGUUAUCUUUCAAACACUGGUAUCAGUAUAUUUCUACAAAGUUCUAUUUAAAGCACCUUAGUUGUUUUUUUUGUUUGUUUUUUAAGAAUUGAGUUUUAGCUUUACCUUUAAGUAAAGCUUAAAAGUAAAAUAGUUUUCAGGAAACUUAACAUCCAGUGGUUUGUAAAUUCAAGGUGCAAAAAGUUGAUUUAAACAAUUUGCAGAGUUAAAUCUGUUACACAAUGGGAAUAAAAUUGCUGCAGUAUGAGAAAGAAAGAAGACUUGUAUAAUGUUGAUCAUAAUAUUGCUACAAUAUAAUGUAAUAAAGGGUUAUAUAGUCUUGAA